UUCGAGAUGACAUCUUUGGCAGCUCUUAAACGCUCAAUCGCCAAGAUCGAAAGGAAACAAGCCACAGAAAGACGCCUGCAAAAUAUGCGACGCCUCUCUAAGUUUGUGGAUAUAAUGGAGAGACACGGUGAAGUUAUAGAGACCUUGCUGAACACGACUAAUCUUCUGGGAUUUGUUUGGGUACUUCCAGUCCGUUAUGGGGCCAAUGAAGUUUCUGUUACAGUCAUCGGAGAAAGCCUAGAGCUUCUAGAAAGUUGCAAUGGACUUAUUGAUGGAUACCCUCUAGUUAAACGAGCUGUGGAGUCUAUGUUUCAUGACAUUCUGGAGUUUCACAAAACUGCGGUUGCUUACUUCAGGAAGCCAAUGUGGAAACAGGUCUUUCAGGCCACCUGGUCCACCUAUAAGGCGAAGUUCGGACCGGUUGUCGACAGUUUGAAACGCCACAGACAGGUCUUUGGGGACAGGCUCACUUUUGCACAACUCGAGAUCCGCGUAGAAGGGAUCAGAUCCGCUGAUGCACUUAAGAAGUUGCGAAAAGACGAGACAAUGCGCCAGUUGAGAGAUAUUCAAUGCUGGCUGAAUAGCGCAGACGUUGCAUGUGAUCAAGAAUCUUUCAGAAGAAAGACUAUUCUGACAUCCCUAAUGGUCGAAGAUUGUCUCAAAUGCUAUCAAUCUACGAUUUGGUUCUAUUUCAGGCAUGGCGAUUCGCAACGAAGCUCCUUCCUUAGCUUGGCUGCCAGUGUUAUCGCACAGCUGCUAGACAAAAAAAGCGAUCUGAUACCUUAUGUCUUCGAAGAGAUGUGUCGCAAAGGCAAGCGAGCAUUUUCAUCAGAAACAUUAGCCAAAGAGAUACUCGAGGUAAUGAUGAGAAAUUCGGGACAGGUUUGCAUUAUCCUCGAUGGUCUCGAUGAGUGCAGUAAAAUAGAAAGGAAGAAGGUCCUUCAAUGGAUCCGCCUCAUGAGCGAGCAUCCACAGAAUCGUGAUAGUUCAGAUUCCACGAUAUGUAUUCUUGUGUCACAAAGGGACGCGAUCACCUCCAAGACUUUACGUGAUAUUCCAAGCUUGGAAAUCACUUCGAAGGAUACGCGAGACGACAUCUAUACAUAUAUAAGGUCCCGAGGCUCAGAGGUGCAAAAGAAAUUUCAACUCAAUGACGAAAGCACAAAAGCGAUGGUUGAGCUUGUCAUGGAAAAGGCGGGCGUCUCACCUGGUGAUCUCUAUAAAGAGCUGAACACGAAAGAAAUACCAACUCAACUUGACCAAGCAUACGAGCGGAUAUUGAACAAUAUCCUUGAAGAGCAGGCUUCACGAACUCAUGCAGUUCAGCUUCUCGGCUGGCUAGUGUGCGCAAAACGGAGACUCCAAUGGCGAGAGAUACAGGGCGCGGUUUCAAUUGACCUUGAAGCCGAAGAUGUUGACUUUGAAGGUCGCCAAUGGAUCCUUGAUUCUAGAGACCUAUGCGAUUCGCUUGUCGAAGUCAAGACCGAUGGUUCUCUUGAACUUGUUCAUGCAACUGCAAAGCUGUUCCUUAUUCGAACAAAUUUCAUUGAUGUCAGACAAGUGGAGCUGAGGAUGGCUUCUCUCUGUAUGGGCUACCUAGCUCUACCCGGGUUUGAGACAUUCCUGCCAGACGAGUCUGUUGCAGACCUCAUAAACACUGGAUAUUACACAUUCCUAGACUACGCAGUAUGCUUCUGGUCAUCCCAUCUCCAGGAGGGCCUCAAGCGCAUCAUAGAUCGGCAGGACGCUAUGAUGCUGAUUGAAGUUCUUUCGAAAUUCCUAGAGUCGCACUACCGACAUCCCGCAAAAGAAAUCAACAUUCCCUCUUCUGCAUAUGAGGUAAAGAGGCGGAUUGAAGAACACGGACCCUGGUCUACAUCGGAGAAAUUCCUUAACGCCUUCGCCUCAACGCAGAAUCAAAUAAGCUGUUUCACUCAAGACGCAGCAACCAAUGAAUGUCUCGACAUACCUGAUGUUAUCACUCGCAUCAGGAAAAUUCUAGAGAAAACCGCCUCAGAAAAUACGGCCAAUGGGAGAGCUGAUAGCAGAUUACUCUAUUCCUUCUACGGCCACCGUCUCUAUAAAUGCCCCAGAAUGAGCUGCGAGUUCUUUCAUCAAGGAUUCGAGACUGUCCAGCAAAGAGAAUCUCAUUUGAGCAAGCACGAUAGAGCUUUUGAAUGCUCCUUUCCUCAAUGUUACAGAGCUACUAUUGGGUUCAGCUCAAAGAGGCAACUCGAAAAACACAUCGCGGAUACUCAUGAGAAAAAGGCAAGGGAAAUGCACUCUUUCCCUUCCAAGCGAGCGAAGAUCGCUUUGGUGUGCAGAUUCUGCAAAGAAGAAUUCCAGGACACGAGAGCAUACCGCAUGCAUGACUGCACAGGUUCCUCUCCAAAGCGGCCACAAAACAUCGAAGCCACUGACAAGUCUUCGACCCGAGGGGUAGAAGCCACGACAGGCGAAUCCAAUUCGGCAAAUUCACAUUGGCAGGGUCCCGGCUUGCUUACCGUCGACGAAAUCGAGAAUAUGCCACACCUGGGUAAGAAGGAGAAAGUAGCACAUAAGGAGUUCGUGCGAAACCUGUGGACAGUUCUUAAUGACAGUGAUCGCCCGAGCCAAGAGUAUGAGACGGCGCACACCAGGUUGACACUUUUGUCGCAACGACUCAGGGAUGUUCAGCAAGCAUAUCAGGAACCUCAACUAGCGCUUCAACAACAGGAGCAAACUUAUGAUACCCAAGUUGAGCAGCAAGCCGAAUGGGUUCCGUGGAACAAGGUGCAGCAUUUCAGUCAGCUACUGUCUUCAAUUCAGGAAAGAGUUUUGGGGCUCACUUUCUACGCCCCUCCUGAUAUGGCAAACGAGCUAGUCGAGAACUGGAUUGCUGAUGCCCGAUUACGAUAUGGAAAAGCACUACAGAAGCAGGAAGAAGCACAAACUCAGUUGUCAGAGUUCGACGAGGAAAUUGAGAGGCGGCAAUCACAGGGUGAUAUGUCAAGAGAAGAGAUACAAGGAUAUGUGGACAGAAGGCGAGCAAUAGCGAGAAUAUCUGAAGAAGGUCAGGAGUUCGUGCAGAGAUUUACAGAGCAGCAAGAGACGUUCAAGACCCUUUGGCGGAAGAAGGUUGAGUCGGGAGAGAUUGUCUUUAUACCUUCAGCAUAGUUCGCUUUGUGGCGACCUUGGCGACUGAACCCGUGUCACAAGUGUAG